GCCAGCGCUGGGGGAGCCACUCUGCCAGCGGCGUAAGUGGCCGCGCGGGGGUCCCGCGGCCUCAGGGGUGGGCGGAGCGGGGGGGGCUUCGGCCGCUUCUCCCACCCCCGCGGGCGCCGGGCGCGGAGGCAGGAGCUGGGCCCCGCGCUCCCCGCGGAGCCGGCGGCGGAGGAGGAAGCGGGCGGAGGGCUAUGGAGGUCACCCGGCCGGAGGCGCCCGCGCCAGACCCCGUCUAGAGCGGCCCGUGGGCCUCAUCCCUCCUCCGCCGAGCGAGCCCGCGGCCGGGCCCGCGCGCGGCGAGGAGCGGGACCGGGACUUCUGCACCAGAGGAGGAGCCGGCCCAGGAAGAAAAUGAAAAUCUUUUCUGAGUCUCAUAAAACUGUUUUCGUUGUGGAUCACUGCCCUUAUAUGGCAGAAUCCUGCAGACAACAUGUUGAAUUUGAUAUGUUAGUAAAGAAUCGAACCCAAGGAAUUAUACCUCUAGCACCCAUAUCAAAAUCACUGUGGACGUGUUCAGUGGAAUCAUCCAUGGAGUACUGUAGAAUAAUGUAUGAUAUUUUCCCUUUCAAGAAACUGGUGAAUUUCAUUGUGAGUGAUUCUGGGGCUCAUGUCUUGAAUUCUUGGACUCAAGAAGAUCAGAACUUGCAGGAGUUGAUGGCAGCGUUGGCAGCUGUUGGGCCACCUAAUCCUCGGGCAGAUCCGGAGUGCUGCAGCAUACUUCAUGGGCUGGUUGCAGCAGUUGAAGCACUCUGCAAAAUAACAGAAUACCAGCAUGAGGCUCGAACCAUGCUCAUGGAGAAUGCAGAACGUGUUGGAAACAGGGGGAGAAUAAUCUGUAUUACUAAUGCAAAAAGUGACAGUCAUGUUCGGAUGCUUGAGGAUUGUGUUCAGGAAACCAUUCAUGAACAUAACAAGCUUGCAGCUAAUUCAGAUCAUCUAAUGCAGAUUCAGAAAUGUGAAUUGGUCUUAAUCCACACAUACCCAGUUGGUGAAGACAGCCUUGUUUCUGAUCGUCCUAAAAAAGAGCUUUCACCUGUUUUAACCAGUGAAGUGCACAGUGUCCGUGCUGGACGGCAUCUGGCUACAAAACUGAAUGUUUUAGUACAACAGCACUUUGAUCUGGCUUCAACCACAAUAACUAACAUUCCUAUGAAGGAAGAACAACAUGCUAACACAUCAGCCAACUACGAUGUGGAGCUGCUUCAUCACAAAGAGGCACAUGUUGACUUUUUAAAGAGUGGUGAUAAUCAUGUAGGUGGCAAUAGCAGAGAAGGCACAUUUAAAGAAACUGUAACAUUAAAAUGGUGUACUCCUCGAACAAAUAGUGUGGAAUUACACUAUUGCACUGGAGCCUACAGAAUUUCACCAGUAGAUGUAAAUAGUAGACCUUCUUCAUGCCUUACUAACUUUCUCCUUAAUGGUCGUUCUGUUUUGUUGGAACAGCCACGCAAAUCUGGCUCUAAAGUAAUUAGUCACAUGCUCAGUAGCCAUGGAGGAGAAAUUUUUCUGCAUGUAUUAAGCAGCUCCCGAUCAAUUCUAGAAGAUCCGCCAUCAAUUAGUGAAGGGUGUGGUGGAAGAGUAACCGACUACAGGAUUACAGAUUUUGGUGAAUUUAUGAGGGAAAACCGAUUAACUCCUUUUCUAGAGCCCAGAUAUAAGAUCGAUGGAAGUCUUGAAAUUCCACUGGAACGUGCAAAAGAUCAGUUAGAGAAACAUACUCGUUACUGGCCUAUGAUUAUUUCUCAGACUACCAUCUUCAACAUGCAAGCUGUAGUGCCAUUAGCCAGUGUGAUUGUAAAAGAAGCAAUGACUGAUGAGGAUGUUCUGAAUUGUCAAAAAACAAUAUACAAUUUGGUAGACAUGGAGAGGAAAAAUGAUCCGCUGCCAAUUUCAACAGUUGGCACCAGAGGAAAGGGUCCAAAAAGAGAUGAACAGUAUCGGAUUAUGUGGAAUGAACUGGAGACCCUUGUACGAGCACACAUAAACAACUCUGAUAAACACCAGCGAGUCUUGGAAUGUUUGAUGGCUUGCAGAAGCAAACCCCCAGAAGAAGAGGAGCGCAAGAAACGAGGUAGAAAGAGAGAAGACAAAGAAGACAAGUCGGAGAAGUUGGGCAAAGACUAUGAAUCGGAUAAGCCAUGGCAAGAAUCAGAAAGAUUAAAAGGUCUUCUAGAUCGUGAAAAAGAAGAACUAGCAGAAGCUGAAGUUAUCAAAGAUUCCCCUGAUUCUCCUGAGCCACCCAACAAAAAGCCUCUUAUUACAAUGGAUGAAAUACCCACAGUUGAAAAGGCAAAAGGGCCAAUGUCUUUGCUGUCUUUAUGGAGCAACAGAAUUAAUACUGCCAACUCUAGGAAGCACCAGGAAUUUAUUGGUCGUUUGAACUCUGUCAACAAUAAAGCUGAGCUAUAUCAACAUCUGAAAGAAGAAAAUGGGUUUGUAUCAUUAAAUGAAUCACUACAAGUAUCUUAGCAGUCACCAAUAUGGAGUAAUA